UAGAAAAAAAAAAAUAAAAAUAAAUAAAAAAAGAGAGAUGGAAAUAAAAGACACAAUGGCGACCAUGGCGACGUUUCGAUUAAACUGACACAUACAAGUUGUUAUUUGUUAAACAAUUAAAUAAGUGUAUGUGUAAUAUAUAAAAAUCAAUUGUUUAUAAAAAUAAUAAAUUAUUAAAUAUAAUAAAUCUUAUUGUAUAUUUAUUAUGUGUUAAAUAUUCUAUUAAAAAAUCUCUUAUUAAAUUUAUAGAAAAAAAAUAAACAAACAAAACAAAAAAAUACACAAACAUUAUUAAAUGUUGAUAUACAAUGGCGGUUAAUGCAAAUGUUUUAUCAAGUGAUAUAAGUAGAAGAAAUCCACAAGAUGAAUAUGAACUUAUUCAAAGAAUUGGAAGUGGUACAUAUGGUGAUGUUUACAAGGCUAAAAGAUUGUCUAUGAAUGAUUUAGCAGCAAUUAAAGUUAUCAAAUUGGAGCCAGGUGAUGAUUUUGCAAUAAUACAACAAGAAAUACUUAUGAUGAAAGAUUGUCGUCAUCAAAAUAUAAUAGCAUAUUAUGGAAGUUAUUUAAGACGUGAUAAAUUAUGGAUAUGUAUGGAAUAUUGUGGUGGUGGUUCAUUACAAGAUAUAUAUCAUAUUACUGGACCAUUAAGUGAAAAUCAAAUAGCAUAUAUGUGUCGUGAAACAUUACUUGGUUUAAAUUAUCUUCAUGGUAUGGGAAAAAUGCAUCGUGAUAUUAAAGGAGCAAAUAUAUUAUUAACUGAAAAUGGUGAUGUUAAACUUGCUGAUUUUGGUGUAUCAGCACAAAUAACAGCAACAAUAAAUAAACGUAAAAGUUUUAUUGGUACACCAUAUUGGAUGGCACCAGAAGUUGCUGCUGUUGAAAGAAAAGGUGGUUAUAAUCAGCUAUGUGAUAUAUGGGCAUGUGGUAUAACAUCAAUUGAACUUGCUGAAUUACAACCACCAAUGUUUGAUCUUCAUCCAAUGCGUGCAUUAUUUUUAAUGUCAAAAUCUGGUUUUAAACCACCAACACUUAAAGAUCGUGAUAAAUGGAGUCAAACAUUUCAUAAUUUUGUUAAAAUAUCAUUAACUAAAAAUCCAAAAAAACGUCCAACUGCUGAAAAAUUACUUCAACAUUCAUUUUUUCAAGGUGAUAUGAAUCGUAGAUUGGCACUUGAAUUAUUACAAAAAGUAUCAAAUCCAAGUCAUAUGUUUACGGAAAUGGAAGCUGAUGAUGAUGGAGCUGUACCAAAUGUACCACAUAGAAUUGCAUCAAGGCAUACUGUUAAAGCUAGACCAAAAAGUCCAAUAUUACAAUCACUUGAUUGUGAUGAUCAAAUUAAUCUUGAUACUGGAACAUUACAAAGAGAUUCUACAUCAACACAAAUUGAUACAAAUAAUUCUGUAUGGGACAUUAUGGAUAUUAUGAAUAAUGUCAAGACUGUUCAUAAUUGUGAUGUACAUCCUGACUGUGGAAUUGGUACUGCAUUUGAUGAUGUACAGGAAAAGAGUCUAUUGCAGUACAUUGAUGAGGAGUUGUUGCUAAGGGGAAAUGCAAUGUCGAUGGUUGAUGGCCAUUGCGAUCAGCUUUAUUCCCUGCAGGCUACUUUACCACUUGGUGAGACAUCAAAUGACUGUGAAUUACAUCAUGGAUUUUACUCAAAUUUAACAGGGUCACAAUCAAGUCCCAGACGUCACAGUUCUGUUGAUGAAUUGUAUGGUAUUGUCAACACAACAUUGUCAUUGUCAUCACCAAAUGGACAACGUCAACGUUCAUUAUCAGACAGUGGUCCAAGAGAUGAUUCAUCAACACGUCACAAUGCUGAUAAAGAAAGUUCUGGAAAUGGAGAAGGUGAAAAUAUGGGACCAGAUUUAUUAUCAGACACACCACCAGUACCACCAAGAAGAAGGGAUAGAAAACGACAUACACCACCAAGACCAAUAAGUAAUGGUCUACCACCAACACCAAAAGUUCAUAUGGGUGCAUGUUUUUCAAAGGUAUUUAAUGGAUGUCCACUUAGAAUACAUUGUACUGCUAGUUGGAUACAUCCAGACACAAGAGAUCAGCAUCUUUUAAUUGCUGCUGAAGAGGGUAUUUAUAAUUUAAAUUUAAAUGAAAUUCAUGAGACUGCUAUUGAUCAAUUGUAUCCAAGACGUACAAUAUGGAUGUAUGUUAUAAAAGAUGUUUUAAUGUCUUUAUCAGGUAAAACACCACAAUUAUAUAGACAUGAUUUAUUAGCAAUGCAAAGUAAACAAACACAUAGAUUUUCAUUGCAUAUGAAUAAAAUACCAGAAAGAUUAGUACCACGUAAAUUUUCAUUAACAACAAAAGUACCAGAUACAAAAGGUUGUAGUAAAUGUUGUGUUGGUAGAAAUCCAUAUAAUGGUUAUAAAUAUUUAUGUGGUGCAAUGCCUGCUGGUAUAUUUUUAAUGCAGUGGUAUGAUCCACUUAAUAAAUUUAUGUUGCUCAAACAUUUUGAAUGUCAAUUGCCUUCACCUCUCAAUGUAUUUGAGAUAUUAAUAACACCUGAUAUGGAAUAUCCAAUGGUUUGUGUGUCUGUUAAACAGGCAUAUCAACAAAAUAAAUUAAAAUUAGAUUUAAUUAAUAUGAAUUCAGGAGCAAGUUGGUUUCAUAGUGAUGAACUUGAAGAUAUUGAUGGUUCAGCAACUGUUAUACCAAGAAGAGAAAAUCUUAAUGUUAUUAAUGUUACACAAAUUGAAAAAGAUGCAAUACUUGUUUGUUAUAAUAAUUUUGUUAAAAUAGUAACAUUACAAGGUAAACCAAGAACAAGUAAAAAACAACUAACUGAAAUGCAAUUUAAAUUUCAAAUUGAAUCAAUAAUUUGUUUGCCGGACAGUGUAUUGGCAUUUCAUAAAAAUGGAAUGCAAGGUAGAAGUUUAAAAAAUGGUGAAGUUACACAAGAAAUAAGUGAUCCAAGCAGAACAUACAGGCUUCUUGGUUCCGACAAGGUUGUUAUGUUGGAAAGUCAUCUUGUACAUACAGGAACACUGACUGAAACUGAAGGGGCUGAUUUGUAUAUACUUGCUGGCCACGAAGCUAGUUACUAAUUAUUUAAAGAAAAAAAAAAAAAUUUAACAAUAAAAAAAUCUACAUUCUAAGGUUUGUGCAUAGAAUGACAAAUUUUAAUUAAAAAAUAGUUGACUCAGCAUGCAAAUAAUUGUGAUUCAGCUGCGGAAAAAAGAAACAUUAUAUAUAAUAAUUUUAUAAUUUAAAAAAAUUUGCCUCUAUUAUGAAAAUGAUAAUAAUUUUUUCAUUUAUUAAUUAAUUAAUCAGCAUUUUUAUUGUUAUGGUUAUUAUUAUUGUUUUUUUUUUUAAACUUGUAAUUUAAUAGGGAAUCAUUGAACGACUGGAAGAAUGUGAUAGAAAUUGUUUCCAGUUUUUUCACAGGACAGUUUUUUUUUUUUUUUUUAAUGCAAAUUUUGCGCUUUUUAGCUUUCUCUUUAGCAAGCUUGGUGAUUUUAAAAGAGAUUACUAUAUUUGAGAUAAAAAAUAAAAUUAAAAAAAGAAAAAAAAAAUAGUAAAUGUUUUGUUAAUAAUGUGCUAACUAUUAUUGUAAUGAAAAAUUUUUUUGAAAUUAAUUUUUGAUAAUUUAAAAUAACAGUCAAAAAAUAUUUUUAACUUAUGACUUGAAUUAAAAAAAAUGAAUAGCACAAAAAAAGAUAAAAAUAGAAAUUUAAAAUAAAUAAAAUUUUGAAAAUUAUCAAUUUAAAGAGAUUAUAAUUUAUUCUCUAAAGAAUAACAUAGAAAGUUUAAUUUAAAAUUAAAUAUAUAUAUAUAGUUUCGAGGCUUGUAUAUACAAAUAAAUUGUAGUUAUUAAAAAACAACAAAAAAAAAAAGCUAAUGAAGUAAUUUAUAAUCUCAAUAAAUCAACGGAAUAAAAAUUUAAUUAAAUAAAUAUAAAUCAAUGUUUUUAGCAAAUUAAAAUUCACUGCAAAUUGUUAUUAAACACCAAAUAUAUUUGCAAUGAAUUAUUUUAAAAUUUUGAAAAAUUAAUCACCUCGAAGAGUGUCUUCCUCCGAAUUAAAAAUGUAUUUCGUAGUUUAAAAAAAAAGAUGUUUAAUUUUUUAAAUUAAUUAAUUCAGAUAAAAGAAGAUAAAAAUUUAUUAGAUGCAAUCACUUAUCAAUAAUCACAUAUCCUCAUGAACCGAUAAAUCGUCUCUUUUUUUUUUUUUGUUUUUCAUUUCUUAAUUAAAACUGAUAUCUAUAUUUUAAACAAGACAAUAAUUAUAAUUUCAAAAUAAAAAAGAAUAAUAAAUACACUGAAAUCAUCAGUCAUCUAAAACAAUAUAAAAAGAAAAAAAAAAAAAAAGUUAAAUAAUAAUAAACGAAUCACCUCUAAUUAAUUCUAUAUUAAAAAUAAAUAUUAGCUGCAUGAAAAUAACGUUCCACUGAGAUAAUUAAUAAAAUUCUUAGCCCAGCAAGAAAAUGUACCUGCCCGAUGACCAGACCCAGGCUUUGCCUCAAUAAAAAAAAUAAAAAAUCAAAUCCCAGUAUUCUGGAUAUUCAGGUGAUUUAAAAAAUCAUUGAAUUAAUUUUCUUUUUUCCUUUGAUGAUAAUAAAUAGUUUAUAAAUAUUAAAAAUAAUCAGAGGCAAAG